AUGGAGAAUCUCGAUCGUGGCCUGCACUACGUCACUGUCAAUCUUAUGGAGGCCAAGUUGAUGGUCUUUGUGGAUGGCUCCUUUGCCAACAACAAGGACCUCAGCUCACAGCUAGGCUUUGUCCUUAUGCUCGUCAACGAGUCUAUUGACGUCAACACCUUCACAAUACAGGGCAACGUGAUCCACUACAGCUCUACAAAAUGCAAGCGCAUCACACGGAGCGUACUGGCCUCAGAGAUCUACGGCAUGGUCAACGGCUUUGACAUAGGCAUUGCAGUUGCAACCACGCUGAGGAUAGUUACAGAACGACUUAGACUACCUGCAAUUCCCUUGGUUAUCUGUACAGACUCGUACUCCUUGUACGAGUGCCUAGUAAAGCUUGGGACGACGAAGGAAAAGCGUCUCAUGAUUGACAUCAUGGCGCUGCGCCAAUCAUAUGAGCGUCGCGAGAUCACGGAGAUCCGCUGGAUCAAUGGUGAAGACAAUCCUGCAGACGCCUUCACCAAGGCAUCGCCAAACCGCGCUCUUGAACGCUUUAUUGACGGCAAUAAGCUGACAGUCCGAGUAGAGGGAUGGGUGCAGAGGCCGACAAGCUUUGAUGGUUGA